AUGAAGGUUUUGUCCAAGGGAAUGAAAUUUUGUCCUACUCCUUCCGAACAAGAUAAUACACAAUUAAAAACAGAUUUGUUAGAAUUCUGUAGAAGGCUCCGAUUAAAUGAAAAAUUCUUUAAGGAAGGCACAAGUGAUGAUUCUUCAAAAGAAGAACCCAUUGUCAAAAACAAAUCUAAUUAUAAUCCCCCUAAAAGUAGUAACUGUCAAUUGGAGGAUGUUAUAGACAGUCUUAAAAAACUUCCUUUAGACAAUAAGGGUAAUUCUUCUUCUAAUAAAAGAAUAAAAAGUAAUUUGUCGUUUAAUCAACAAAGAGCUAUAGAUGAUCUCCGGAAAGAUGAUUCUAUCAUAAUUAAAGAGGCUGAUAAAGGCGGCGCUGUAGUCAUUAUGAAUAAAACAUACUAUUGUGAAAAGAUCAUAGAAAUGUUGACUGAUGGUGAUUUUUACGAGGUUGUAGAUUAUCAAAAUGAUGCAAAAGUUGAAGAAAUGGAAAAGAUGAGCCAGGAUUUGUUCGAUGACACUAUGACUUUAUCUCAGGAAACUACAAAAUCACAGAAAGCACAGCGAGACCAGCUUGAAAAACAGAUCACAGACUUUACUUGGGUACAGUGUGAUGAUAUUGACUGCCAGAAAUGGAGACGUUUACCUGUUAGUGAGUGUGAGGAUCUCGGUCAAAAACAGUGGUACUGCCACAUGGGGACUGACCCUAAGUACAACAGUUGUGGAGUUCCAGAGGAGGACCACCGAGCCUAUGAUAAGCUGGCACGAAAACUGGGGCUCAAUUAUGUUAUGUCUCAGUUGGCUGAAGGUACCCUGGUCUGGGCCAAGAUGAUGGGCUACUGCAGAUGGCCGGCUCUUAUAACAAAGGACCCAGCUUGUAGUAUGUCUUGUGAGUGGGACAAUAGAGGCGAACCUCAGGUCUACCAUGUGGAGUACCUUGGGACAAAACACAGCCACGGCUGGAUCAGAGCUGACAAAUUGACCCGUUAUGGCCAUAAGGAGGAAGAUAACCCACAAAAGAGGAAGUGCAGGACUAAACAGAUGGCACUCACCAUGGCUAAUAAUAAGAUACAGAGGAGGAAAUACCACAAAGUGCCAGUCGACCUCGCCAUUAUGGAGGCAGAUGAUUUACUCCGCCUGAAUGAAGACCAAAGGUUGGCCCUGUGUACAUUUAAGUUAAUCAAAAAAUUGGAGGAGGAAAAACAAACAGAAUCUCAGGUUAAAACAGAUGGCAGAAAGAGAAGAAGUAAGAAGAAUCCCCAGCAGAGCUGCUGUCAAUUGUGUGGAGGGGAUACUCAAGUGAAGAAGAAGCCUGACAGGCGAUAUAUAACAGAGAGAAUCUCAGUGGCCUUACAGCAGGCUGAUGCUGUAGUACCCAGCUGUCCGACUGGCCUGUCUCAUGACACUGACAAUGACACUCCCAGUCAAAGUGACAAAUUCCACUUUGAAAAUUUAGAAUUCAAAAGUACACUUGUAGACAAGAGUAAAGAAGAGAAAUUCAAGAUUGACGUUGAGAUUAUGACUGUCUCAUUACAGAUGUAUAAAAGGAACGAGAAAGCAUUUGACCAUGAUCUGCGUCGAUUUAUGGACAGAAACAAGGUUACUGUCAGCAGGAUUCCUGUAUGGCAGCGUGUACCUAUAGGACUAUUCCAAUUGUUUUUGUCUGUGUUUGAGCGGGGAGGCUACAAAAAGGUGUGUUUGUCCAGGAGCUGGUCAGCUGUCUACAAAGAACUAACAGAGCUCCCUGUACAUGUUGGUCAUGCUUCUGCAGGAGGAAUCGCCAAGAAAUACUACCAAAGAAAUUUGUAUCCAUAUGAGUUGUAUGUCACUGGAGGAGACCAUCAAACUGCCCUGGACAAUAUAAGGAAAAAUAAAAAUGUGAAACCCAACCAAGCCUCAACAACAUCAAUCGUGCCAGAUAGUGAUAGGCAUUCAUCUGAUCACACUUCUGUUGAUGAUAAUGAAGAGGGAGGGCUGGAGGACGUGUUGGAGGAGGAUGUAGAUUUAGAGGGAGAGCUGGAGGAUGUGUUGGAGGAGGAUGUAGAUUUAGAGGCAAUGUUGACACAACUAGAGGCCUACAGUGAUAUGUGUCAACUAGAGGAUGAUGUAGAUGCAGCACAGAAGCGCCUGGGGAUAGACAUCACAUACCAUGACGACUCUUCUGGGAGUAUCUUCUCUCCGGGAGUCAAACUGGCAGACACGUCCUCGGAGUUUGGCUUCCCCUUCCUUCCAGAGGAAGAUGCCCAGAUGGUGCCUAGCCAACCCAGUGUAGAUAUGGACAGUGACAAUCCUAGCCAGAGUGAUCAGAUACUACAGGAACUUCUAGUUCUGGAUGACGAGUUCCAACAGUUGGAAAAAGAAAUGGCUGGUUUUCUCUGAUGAAAAAGG